CGCCUAGUGUCAUCCCACCAACCUCUCACAGCAAGCAAUCGCUGCGACCUGCAUUCUUCUGCUCUCUCUAGAUCCCCCAGAAAACCAGUUGCUCCUCACGCGCUACCUAGAUGGUGCCCCGGGAGGAUGGGCCCCUCCAACUCCAAGAAGACGGCGGCGGCGGUGAAACCGAAGGCGGCAGCGGCAGCGGCGGCGGCGGCGGCGGCGGCGGCGGCGGCAAUGGUAAAUGCUGCGUCGCCUCCCCCUGCGGCUGGCUGCGGUGGCUGUCCCGCGAGCUGCACUGGAGCUUCGUGCUCGCUGUCGUCGCCGUCUACGGCUCCUGCCAGGGCAUCGGCAACGCCGUCGGCGGCGUCGCCGCGGGGUACUACUGGAAGGACGUGCAGCGCGUGCAGCCGUCCGCGGCCCAGUUCUACCAGGGCGUCACGGACGCGCCGUGGGUGGUCAAGCCCCUCUGGGGCCUGCUCACCGACGUCGUCCCCGUGGUUGGCUACCGCCGCCGUCCGUACUUCGUUCUUGCAGGUAUGAUUGGCGUGUCAUCUAUGCUGAUGCUGUCUCUGCACCGCGAAUUGGGGAUCAUCCCAGCAUUGCUGGCGCUGACGGCGCAGAGCGCAGGCGCUGCCAUAGCCGACGUGACGGUGGACGCCCUGGUUGCUCAGAACAGCAUCACGCACCCGCCCCUUGCUUCCGACAUGCAAAGCCUGUGUGGGUUUAGCUCCUCUGUCGGGGCAUUGCUUGGAUUUUCCAUAAGUGGCUUGCUUGUUCACUCAAUGGGCUCCCAGGGGGCUCUUGGCCUAUUGAGUAUCCCCUCUGCACUGGUGUUCUCAGCUGGGAUUCUGUUGAAGGAGAAACGUUCUACAGAUUUUUGUUACAAGCAGAUUCACAAGAAGUUCUACAAAGCAAUUCAGUCCAUGGGAACAACACUGAAGUGCCCUGAGGUCUGGCGGUCAUGUGUAUAUAUGUAUGCUUCUCUAAAUCUAAGCCUGGAUAUUCAAGGAGGAAUGUUCUACUGGUACACAGACCCAGUUGCUGGACCUGCAUUUUCUGAGGGAUUUAUUGGUCUCGUUUAUUCAAUUGGAUCGGUUGGUUCACUACUUGGAGUUUUACUGUACCAAAGCGCCCUAAAGGACUAUUCUUUCCGCAGCAUGCUUCUAUGGGGUCAAGUGAUGUCAAGUCUUGCUGGAAUGCUCGAUCUGGUAUUAGUAACCCGAGUAAACUUGAAACUUGGCAUACCAGAUUACUUCUUUGCGGUGAUUGAUAACGCCGUUUCUCAAAUGGUUGGUAGACUCAAAUGGUUGCCACUUCUUGUGCUUUGCUCCAAGCUUUGUCCCCCAGGCAUCGAAGGGACAUUUUAUGCACUGCUCAUGUCUAUACAAAAUGCCGGAUUGCUGAUGUCUGCUUGGUGGGGUGGCCUGCUGCUGCACAUGCUGAAUGUGACUCGAACAGAGUUCAGUAACCUAUGGGUUGUCAUCUUGAUUAGAAACAUCUCAAGGCUUCUUCCGUUGAUGCUAUUGUUUCUUGUUCCUCAAAGCGAUCAGAACUCAACACUCCUUCCUCCAGAGAUGCUUCAAGACAGCGAAUCUACAGAAACUGGGAAAUCAGGAUCACACAGCGUUGAUUUUUCUGUCCUCGUUGCAGAUGAUUCGAACUGUAUUUCUUCCGAUGUGGUGGUCGAGAAUGAACGAAUUAAAUUGUUUGGAGAUGAUGAUAUAGAACUGAUCCCGCUCGUGAACAAGAGUUGACCGGCCAGCAGAGUUUAUUCAUGAUGCGUAUAAUUCCACUUGCAUUCUGUUUCUACCCAGCAUCUCUUCAGUUACUGAUGUACGGUAAGUUACUUCUACCAAGAUCAGGUCAAGAAAAUGGAAUUGAAGGAUUUGAUAAUAAAAGUGGAAGUUACACUGUUAAAGAGGGCACUGUUAUAGAGGAGAUAUCAGUCGACAGUCAUGUGCAACAGUUGACUUGAGUUUAAGAGUUGGUUCGGCACUGCAGUUCUUCCCCCCCCCCCCCCCCCCCUUUUUCUCACUACAAAAUAAGCGCAUCAGAGUUCUUGUCGUAGAAAAAUCACUCUGUGAAAUGAUAGUGUUUGGAGUAGAAGCUAUUUGCUUGCCCCAUUACACAAACUGAAGCUGUAAUUAAGCAUUUGACAAAAAAAAUUCCCCAU